AUGCGAGGCCUGAUCGGCUCACGCGGUCCCCCCGGACUCCCCGGACCACCGGGUGCCAGCGGCAUCGACGGAGCGCCGGGUCCCAAAGGCAACGUGGGUGCCAGCGGCAUCGACGGAGCGCCGGGUCCCAAAGGCAACGUGGGAAUCCAGGGGGAACCGGGACCCCCGGGACAGCAAGGGAACCCUGGUCCACAGGGUCUGCCCGGUCCCCAGGGUCCCGUCGGGCUGCCAGGGGAGAAGGGCCCACCAGGAAAGCCGGGAAUACAGGGUGUGGCUGGGGCCGACGGGCCCCCGGGUCACCCCGGCCGAGAAGGGCCAGCCGGAGAGAAGGGCCUCCAGGGCCUGGUGGGUGCCCCUGGUCCCGUCGGCUACCCGGGACCCCGUGGGGUGAAGGGAGCUUUUGGCGUGCGGGGCCUGAAGGGCAGCAAAGGGGAGAAGGGAGAAGAUGGAUUCCCCGGCUUUAAGGGGGACAUGGGCCCCAAGGGCGACAGGGGUGACCAGGGUGUGCUGGGCCCCCGAGGCGAGGACGGCCCCGAGGGGCUGAAGGGGCAGACGGGUCCCAUGGGGGAACCGGGUGCUCCUGGCCCUGCAGGAGAGAAGGGCAAGCUGGGAGUGCCAGGUCUCCCAGGCUAUCCCGGGCGCCAGGGCCCCAAGGGCUCCACUGGCUUCCAGGGUCCCAUGGGGCUGGCAGGAGAAAAAGGCAAGAGGGGCAAGGCCGGCCAGGCUGGGCAGACGGGACAGCGAGGGCCCCCGGGCCUCCCAGGGGAGCGAGGUCUGCCCGGUCCUACGGGAAAACCUGGCCCCAAGGGAGAUCCGGGCCAUGACGGGGCCCCCGGCGCGAUGGGAGAGAAGGGUCCCCAAGGUCCGCAGGGACCNNNNGGCUGGUCCGGCGAGCCGGUGGGUCCUCUGCCUCGCUUGCCGGGGCGGGGGGGGAUGUUUGGCAAUCCCAGCGUUAACUCCCUCUCUCCUUUGCAGGGGUUUCAUGGAAAAACCGGCCCCCCCGGCCCCACAGGGGUGGUGGGACCCCAGGGUAAAUCAGGCGAGACGGGACCUGUGGGAGAGAGGGGGCACCCAGGCCCCCCCGGUCCUCCUGGGGAACAGGGCCUGCCCGGAGCUGCUGGCCGAGAAGGAGCCAAGGGAGACCCUGGCCCCGCUGGCAGCCCCGGUAAGAACGGCCCCCCAGGCAUCCCUGGCUUUCCUGGCACACGGGGGGCACCUGGAGAGAUGGGUCCACCUGGCUUGAAGGGUGGGGAAGGUCCCCCUGGUCCCCCUGGACCCACAGGUUCUCCCGGAGAGCGAGGCCCCACAGGGGCUGCUGGAGGCAUUGGACUGCCGGGUCGGGGGGGUGCACAGGGCCCCCCCGGUCCCGUUGGCGAGAAGGGCUCCCCGGGCGAGAGGGGUCCCAUGGGUCCAGCCGGGCACGAUGGGAUCCAGGGUCCCGUGGGGCUGCCAGGUCCAGGCGGACCCCCCGGCCCUGCGGGAGAAGACGGGGACAAGGGCGAGAUGGGGCUUCCCGGACAGAAGGGCAGCAAAGGCGACAAGGGCGAGGCGGGCCCCCCGGGACCGACAGGAAUCCAGGGACCCAUCGGGCACCCUGGCCCCGCGGGAGCAGACGGGGAGCCGGGGCGCCGUGGGCAGCAGGGAAUGUUUGGGCAGAAAGGAGAUGAGGGAUCACGGGGUCACCUUGGCCUAAGCGGCCCCCCUGGCCUGCAGGGCAUGCCGGGCCCACCGGGCGAGAAGGGCGAGAACGGAGAUGUUGGCCCCAUGGGCCCCCCCGGUGCACCGGGACCCCGUGGGCCACAGGGACCCAGCGGUGCCGAGGGCCCCCAGGGAAUGCCGGGCGGCGUGGGACAACCGGGUGCCGUGGGAGAAAAGGGUGAGCCGGGUGAAGCAGGAGAUCCCGGGGCCCCGGGGGAGCCCGGACCACCCGGUGUGAAAGGAGACGUGGGGGAG